AUGACGCUGUUUAUCCUUACGGAGACGAGCGCCGGUUAUGCGCUGCUCAAGGCCGGGGAUAAAAAGUUGCUGAAGCGCGAUGAUCUAGUGGCUGAGACUCAAACGGCGGAGGGCGUCUCCAACCUCAUGAAAUUGAAGAAUUUCCAGAAAUUUGACAGUGCGGCCACGGCGCUAGAAGAAGUCGCAGCUCUGGUUGAGGGGAAGGUCACGCCUCGAUUGGCUAAUUUGCUUGAAUCGAUUAAAGAUGAGAAAAAGGUAUCAUUGGCUGUUGCGGAUCCAAAACUUGGAAAUGCCAUUGGCAAAAUUCCAGGACUCUCAAUACAGCCAAUUGCGGACUCCACUACCACGGAUCUCUACCGAGCAAUCCGAGAACAUCUUCCUUCUCUGAUACCAGGCCUUCUGCCAUCCGAUAUGUCCAUGAUGUCAUUGGGUCUAUCUCACUCGUUAGCCCGACAUAAGCUCAAGUUCUCACCAGACAAAAUCGACACUAUGAUUGUCCAGGCCAUUGGCUUGCUGGAUGACCUCGACAAGGAACUGAACACCUAUGCCAUGCGUGUGAAGGAAUGGUACGGCUGGCAUUUCCCCGAACUUGCCAAGAUUCUCAACGACAACAUUGCCUACGCCAAAGUCGUGCUGAAAAUGGGCAUGCGUUCCAACUCAGAGAACGCGGACCUUUCUGAUAUUCUUCCAGAGGAAAUUGAGACAGCUGUGAAGGGUGCUGCGGACCGGUCCAUGGGUACCGAUAUCUCGGUGGACGAUCUCGACAAUAUUCAAGCUCUGGCAGAGGAAGUUGUUGGUUUCUCAGAGUACCGCCAGCAACUUGCAAACUACUUGUCCGCCCGAAUGACUGCCAUCGCCCCUAAUCUUACAGCCUUGGUGGGAGAAUUGGUAGGUGCUCGAUUGAUUGCGCACGCUGGAAGCUUGGUGAAUCUGUCCAAGAGCCCUGCCAGUACUAUUCAGAUUUUGGGAGCUGAAAAGGCGCUUUUUCGCGCCUUAAAAACUAAACACGACACCCCAAAAUAUGGUCUUAUCUACCACGCGUCUCUUAUCGGGCAGGCCACUGGCAAGAACAAGGGCAAGAUGGCCCGUAUUUUGGCCGCAAAGGCUGCCAUUGGUCUUCGCGUCGAUGCCCUGACUGAUUGGCAAGUCGAUGCUGACGGUAACGAACCUACCGAAGAAGAGAAAGCUGCCCUUGGUAUAGAAUCGCGAUACUAUCUUGAGAAGAAGUUAGCUGCUAUGGAGGGCAAACCCCUUAAGCCGAAGGGUGUCGGUAUCGGCCCCAACGGCGUUCCCACCGCGCAGCCCAAGAAAUGGGAGAUCAACGAAGCUAGAAAGUAUAACCCAGAUGCUGAUGGGCUUGCAGGGGAUGAAGGUGCAGCUGCAUCAUCGUCGAAGAAACCAAAGAAGGACAAGAAGCUGAUUGAGGAAGUUAAGGAAUCCGAGGACGAAGAUGAGAGUGAGGAAGAGUCUGAUGAAGAUGUUGAGAUGGGAGAUGAUGACGAGAAGCCCGUAGCCAAUUCGUCUAAACCACCAGUUGCCGCACCUUCGUCGGACGUAAAGGAUUCAGAAGAAAAAUCCGAAGAGGAGGAAUCAAAGAAAUCAAAGAAGAGUUCCUCAGAUAAGAAAUCCAAGAACAAGAAGGAAAAAUCGAAGAAAUCUGCAAAGGAGGGUGCCAGUGGCACUGCUGACGAUCUGGAAAAGAUGGCUGCCAAGGCUGGUCUUAGUAUUAGUCGGUAUCAGCGGAAACUUGAACGGGGCGAGAUUACAUUUGACAGUGAAGGAAACCCGAUCGCGAUUAGCAAGAAGGAUCUGAAGAGAGCAAAAAAGGAGGCGAAGAAGGCUGCUAAGGCUGCUGAGAAGGAGGCGGGGAAGAAGCGGAAACGGACAGAGGAUGAUGGAGAGGGUGAGUCGAAGAGUGAGAAGAAAAAGAAGAAGAAGAGUAAGGCAUGA